AUGGGGAAUGUUUUGCUCUUGCAGAAAUCAAGAGCUAGCAAAUUGAGCAACGAUUGGACGACGGCCCGGGGAUUCCAAAAUUCUGCGCCAGCACGUGCUGAAGAGGAACCUCACCUCAGAGCGGAUUGUCAAGUCAGCCCGGGGGUUUUUCCCGCCCCCACGCAUUGGUGGGAGAUCAACCAAAUCAAACACACACUCAGAGCAGAUCAAUACACGCCAACCCCACAUUCCGGAUCAGACGGGAAUGAAGAUGACAAGUAA